CAGUCACCCCCUGCCAACCCCCUCCUCAACUUCGACCUUGAGCCUAGUAGGAGUCACCACGCAUCCGGUUGGGCUCUUCUCCCAUUGCGCUCUGUCUUCCCAGUUCGCUUUGCUGACUCGUCUUGCCCCCUUCUCUCCCUCAAGGCCUACAUAACCCCAAAGGAUUUCGAUCCGUCGCACGUCAGUGAGCAUGGCGUCCAGUUCGGACGAGGGCGAGAUCGUCGAGAAUUGCGUUGAGGACUUGAAGGCAACUUCACUUCAGCACCCUAGAGGAAGCGGUGUUGACCGUCAAGACAGACAUCGAAGUAGACUCUCGACUCCAGACCACGACUCAGCCUCGAGGCAUAGCAACGCCUCGCGACGAAGCCCAUCGCCACGCGGCUACAAGCGCCAACGCGACGACAAAGACAGGGAAAGGGACAGGGACAGAGAUUAUUACGCCGGUAGGCCCCGCGAUCAUGACUCGAGAAACCCCCGCUCCCAUUACGAUGAUGUCCGGAGACCUCGUGUCUCCUACGACGACCUAGACCGUCCUGCGUCCCGCGAUAACCGUAACCGCGAGAGGAGCCGCGAUAGAGAUGGCCACCGUGAUAGGGAACGGGAUUGGUAUUCCAACAAGCGGCCCCGGAAUCGUAGCAGGUCUCCCCAGCGACCCAGGCGCGCCGAAAAGGGCAGGUUCGAUCGCUUCGUCAGAGAAGGCCAAUACGACCGGGGCGAGGACUCCAGAGGGUUAAAGUACGACGACGACCGCAGCUCUCGAGAUGCCGGUUCUGCGUCCAGAGGGACCACAGUAGGAGAGGCUUCACGCGCCAAAGAACAUGAUGCUAAACCGAACAAAGGGAAUGCAAAUGGACAUGACUCUUCCAAGACUUCCCAGAGUGAGUCUUUCGCCCAACCAGAACCUGAGGAGGACUUUGAGGAGCCUGAGCCUGUCGACGAAGAGGCUGAGAUCGAAAGACGGCGCAAGCGGCGUCAGGAAAUCCUCGCCAAGUCUAGUUCUGCGACACCACUCCUUCUUCACGCUGUUGGAGCGGCUAGCAAGGCUCGCGCAGCAUCACCUGCGUCCAUUCAACUCGAUAGCUCGAUGAAGUCGCAGUCCGAGAUGGCGACACCACAAACCCCUCGGACCCCUCGAUCUGACCUAGCUUCACCUCGCUCACCCGGAUCACACGAUGAGCCAUCCCCUGGCGGAAUCAACCUCCUCGACGACACGGCGCUGAUGAACUCCCAUGGAAAGGUCAAGGGUGAUGAUGAGGAUGGCCCCUCUGCCGCCGACUACGACCCCACGGUUGACAUGCAGGAAGAUGAGAAAAGGGGUGAGCUCCGCCAUGGACAUGUUGUACUUCACGGUGAGCAUGUUGUUACAACCACGGAACAGCAGCCUCAGGAAGAACAGCACGAAAAAGUUCAAGAGAAGCCGGAGAAGUCUUCCGGCGAUGACGACGAUGAAGACUUUGACAUGUUCGCUGAGGAUUUUGAUGAGGACAAGUAUGCAACCAAACCGACAGCUGCUCCGGACGCUCUCGACGCCAACGGCUCGGCACCCGAUGCACAAGCCGUCGCCAAGGGUGGAAUUCUCGAGGGCGACGACAAGGACGGAUACUACAAGAUCCGAAUCGGUGAGGUGCUUAACGGACGAUAUCAAAUCCAGGCAACGCUAGGAAAGGGUAUGUUCUCGGGCGUGGCUAGCGCUCUCGACAUUACGACGAAGCAGAUGGUCGCGAUCAAGAUGAUGCGUAACAACGACGCCCUCCGCAAGGGAGGCUACACUGAAAUUGCCAUCCUACAGAAGCUCAACGAUGCGGAUCCCGAGAACCGAAAGCAUAUUGUAAAAUUCGAGCGGUCGUUCGAUUUCAAUGGGCAUCUGUGCAUGGCCUUUGAGAGCUUGAGCCUGAACUUGCGUGAGGUCUUGCGCAAGUUCGGCAACAACGUGGGUAUCAACUUGGGCGCAACUCGAACGUACGCCUACCAGAUCUUCGUGGCCCUCGCCCAUAUGCGCAAGUGCAGCAUCAUCCAUGCUGAUCUGAAGCCCGACAACAUCUUGGUUAACGAGAGCCGUAACGUGCUCAAGAUUUGCGAUUUGGGCACAGCCAUUGAUAGGUCUGAUGCUGCAACAGCACAUACGGAAAUCACGCCGUACUUGGUCAGCCGAUUCUACCGCGCGCCGGAAAUUAUCCUCGGUAUGCCAUACGACUAUGCCGUUGACAUGUGGUCCAUCGGCUGCACGCUGUAUGAGCUCUACACAGGCAAGAUCCUGUUUACAGGUGACAGCAACAACCAGAUGCUCAAGGCGAUCAUGGAGAUCCGUGGCAGACUAACGCCAAAGUUAUUCAAGCGUGGUCAGCUGGCCGGCGUUCACUUCGACGAUAUGGGUCAAUUCGUCAGCGUCGAGCGCGACAAGGUUCUCAACAAGACUGCUGUUAGGACCCUUUCCAUGAUCAAACCCACACGCGAUCUAAGGACUCGACUCAUGGCUGCGUCAGGGGGGAUGAAUGAUGCCGAAACCAGAGAUUUGAACCACUUCAUCGACCUUUUGGAGCACUGCCUGACGCUCAACCCAGACAAGCGCAUCAAGCCAGCAGAUGCACUGCGACAUCCCUUCUUCACGUCACGGGCGGGGACAUCACGGCGGUAACAAGCUGCAAGGGGGAAGGGUUACGACUGGUGUGAGGAUAGCUGGAUCAAAGGUGUCUGACUUGGCCCUUGAAACAACGUAUGCCUAGUUGGUGGAUCGCUUGAGACCAGGUUGGAGGAGCUCUAGACCUUGGGUAGAACAUAUUAGAAACAGGAGUCAUUGGUCUACAUUGGUACAUUCAUGAGCAUCGGGUUCGAUUUCCCGAGGCUGCCAUAAUACUUGGGCGAACUCUAAACAUUCUGACGGCGAUAUUGGUGCAUUU